ACACGAAACCAUUCAUCUCUUUGCUUUUGAACUCGUUGAUCUCACAAUCUUAGCAAGACCAAAACAACAACAGCUCCAUUAAACACAACAACAACAACUGAUACCAUGUCUACUUCCUCCACCUCAACCAGCGCCGCUGCCAUCAGCCAAUCUGUUUCCCUCGUGAUGCAGCUCAACAAUGAAGGCAUCCAGCAACUGGAGGCACAAAACUUCGAGAGUGCUAUCAAGUCGCUUUCCAAGGCUGUCUCGCACUUCAAAAAGUCCAUCGCUGUCAUGGAGAACGAAAACCCCUCUUUGGAAGAGAAUCUGUUCUUUGCCUUCAAACUCACAGCCUCCGCCAUGCAAAAGACAGAUGAAUCCACCUCCAGCAACAGUUUCGUCUUUGACUCUCCCAUUCGAAUUGCGCAGCGCCAAUCCAAAAGACAAAUUUCCACCCGCCGCACCGGAGAGCUUUUGAAAAUGAUGUCCUUUGCACUCGUAUUCAACCUCGCCCUUGCCUUUCACUUGGCCUCCAGCAGCGUGUGCAGCAGCAAGGCAAACAAGCACUUGACCAAGGCCCUUGCAUUCUACAAGCUCGCCACCAACAUGAUUCGCAACGAGAACCUUAGCUUGGGCGUCAUGGAAGCCCUGGCUGUCGCCAACAAUCAAGCACAUGUUCACCUUCAACUGGGCGAUAUCAAGGAAGCUGAUCAAUGCUACGACCAAGUGCGCAGCCAAGUCAUGGUCGUAGCCGACCUUGGCCAGCAAAGCAACAUCUUGCUCUUUGAACAGUUCUUCGCCACGGCUGUUGUCAAGCCAUUCAGGACCGCCCCAGCAGCUUAAGCGAGCGAGGUGCAGUUCAUUUCCUACCUUCCCUGAACGUCAUACAUACCCAUAGAAAAUAGAUCCAUACAUACUCCUCUAGAGAACCAUGUUUUACAUC